AUGACGAUUUCUCUGGACUUGAAUGCCUCUCCUGUUCCGGAGGAAGACGAAGAACCUUUUGAGACGCCGGUUGAAGAGUAUGAUGUGCCAAAAGAAAAGUAUGACACGGAAGAAAAACAUAUAGAGAGUGGAGCUGAUAUAGCACGCCGGGAACGUGAAGAAAGAAAAAAACGGUUGAAAAGAGAACGUCCAGAUGACAGGCCCGUGCAAGUAUCACAGCCACCUGGAUAUGAUAAUUUUUUCCAUAAUAAGAUCCUUAAAUCAUAUGAUAGAAGUAAGCUUCCUCCGGGUUGGUUGGAUUGCCCUUCAUCUGGUCAGGAAAUUUUUGGCAUGAUACCUUCUAAGGUUCCAUUGGGCGAGUCCUUCAAUGACUAUAUUUUUCCUGGUAAAAGAUACUCAUUUAAACAAGUGAUACAUCAACAGAGAGUUUUAGGGAGAAAACUUGGUCUGGUCAUUGAUUUGACAAAUACUUCUCGAUACUAUUCAGUAUCAGAUCUAAAGAAAGAGGCUAUCAGGCAUGUUAAGAUCCAAUGCAAGGGCCGCGGUGCAGUACCUGAUAAUUCAUCUGUUAAUCAUUUUGUCUACGAGGUUAUACAAUUUCUAUCACAUCAAAAACACUCAAAGAAGUAUAUACUCGUUCAUUGUACACAUGGUCAUAAUCGUACAGGAUAUAUGAUAAUCCAUUAUCUAAUGCGCACAAUGUCAAUGUCUAUUACUCAGGCGAUACAAAUGUUUUCUGAUGCACGGCCUCCAGGAAUAUAUAAACCUGAGUAUAUUGAUUCAUUAUAUAAAUUCUAUCAUGAAAAAAAGCCUGAAAUGAUAGUUUGUCCUCCUACUCCUGAGUGGAAGAAGACUCCCGAACUCGUUGAUCUCAAUGGUGAAGCAGUCCCAGAUGACGAUGAUGAUGGAGUACCAGAUCCUCUGUUGCAUGAGAACCAUGAGAUCGACAUGAUAAUGACAAAUGAUGAUGUUUUGGGAGAUGAGAUAUCUAAUGAUCAGCAAGAUGCAUUUCGUCAGUUCUGCUUUCAAAUACUCAAAUUGGGGGUUGGGGCCAGAGGACGCAUGCAAUUCCCAGGGUCACACCCAGUUUCUUUAAACAGGGAUAAUUUACAGCUGUUGCGACAGCGUUAUUACUAUGCAACAUGGAAAGCUGAUGGAACAAGAUAUAUGAUGCUAAUAACUAUUGAUGGAUGCUACUUGAUUGAUAGAAACUUCAAUUUUCGAAGGGUUCAAAUGAGGUUUCCUUGCAGGGUUACAAAUGAUGGUUUGGCUGAGAAGACUCACCACUUCACAUUACUUGACGGGGAGAUGAUUAUUGAUACAUUGCCUGAUUCGAAAAAGCAGGAAAGGAGAUACCUUAUAUAUGAUCUGAUGGCAGUCAACUUUGUUUCCGUGAUAGAGCGACCUUUCUGUGAACGGUGGAAGAUGCUUGAGAAAGAAGUGAUUGAACCCAGGAAUCAGGAACGGUAUCAGGGAAAAAUUCCUUACUAUAGAUAUGACAUGGAGCCUUUCAGGGUGAGGAGGAAAGAUUUUUGGUUGCUGUCUACUGUCACAAAACUUUUGAUCGAAUUCAUUCCAAAACUGUCGCACGAUGCAGAUGGUCUCAUAUUUCAGGGAUGGGAUGAUCCUUACGUACCUCGCACUCAUGAAGGUCUCUUAAAAUGGAAAUACGCAGAUCUGAAUUCAGUUGAUUUUCUCUUUGAGAUAGAUGAUGACCGUCAGCUGCUUUUUCUCCAUGAACGUGGUAAAAAGAAACUCAUGGAAGGGUAUAUUGUUGCAUUCGAAGAAGGUUCAGACCCUAUGCUUUAUUCCGGAAAGAUCAUCGAGUGUGCUUGGGAUGGAGAUAAAAAUGAAUGGAUAUUCAAGCGAGUCAGAACAGAUAAGUCGACUCCCAAUGACUUCAAUACUUACAAGAAGGUGGUGCGAAGUAUAAAAGACAAUAUCACAGAGGAUGUCCUGUUGAAUGAAAUAAAUGAGAUAAUCCGCCUUCCCAUGUAUGCCGACAGGAUUAGAAUUGAUAGCAAAGCACAUCACCACACUAAUACGGCUAGGCGAAGGUAA